CCGAGUUUUCAAGAGGGCGAACAAACCUGGUCUAAACUAUUUUAAAAUGAAUCUGUUGCGUUUCAUUGUAUUCUUAGCAGGGUGUUCUUAGAGUCACGUUUGCUACAUUGGAAUUUGAAUCAAGAAUGGAAAAUGUACUUUUAUUUCUUUUCUUUUUUAGAUAAAUCUUUAUUUUUGUCGGUAUUUUAUUUUUCAACUAAUAAUCCAUUGUUGGGAUAAUAGGGUUCUGCGCGCUUCAGAAAAUCGUGGUUUUAAAGAAACAAUGUAACCCAUCCCACUAGACCUCCCCAACAGCCAGUAAGAUGGAGGAUGAGUGCCCGACCCUAAAGCCCCGUCGGAUCCAGAACCAGAAUGUGGUCCACCGGCUGGAGCGGCGGCGGGUCUGCUCGGGCAGGGCCGGGGCUCACUGGUAUCGAGUGCGCUGCUUUCACCAGAACUUGUUCUCCAACUUCACGGUAGUGAACGUGGAGAAGCCCCCCUGCUUCCUGCGCAAGUUCUCCCCAGACGGCCAGUGCUUCAUUGCCUUCUCUGCAGACCAGACCUCGCUGGAGAUCUAUGAGUACCAGGGCUGCCAGGCGGCAGAGGACCUGCUCUGGGGCCAGGAGGGGGAGACCUUAGCUAACGGCAAUGACCAGCGGUCCCUUGACAUUCGCGGGCGCCUCUUUGAACGUUUCUUUUCUCUUAUGCACGUCACCAAUGUGGCCUCCAACGGGGAGCACCUGAAUCGCGAGUGCAGCCUCUUCACGGAUGACUGCCGGUACGUCCUUGUGGGCUCGGCAGCUUACCUCCCCGAGGAGCCCCACCCACACUUUUUUGAGGUGUACCGCAACAACGAGUCGGUCACCCCUAACCCCCGCUCCCCCCUGGAGGACUACUCCCUGCACAUCAUAGACCUCCACACGGGCCGCCUCUGUGACACCCGCGCCUUCAAGUGCGACAAGAUCAUCCUGUCCCACAACCAGGGGCUCUACCUCUACCGUAACAUCCUGGCAGUGCUGUCUGUGCAGCAGCAGACCAUCCACAUCUUUCAGGUGACUCCAGAGGGCACCUUCUUGGACGUUCGGACGAUUGGACGAUUCUGCUAUGAGGACGACCUCCUGACCCUGUCGGCUGUGUACCCCGAGGCACAGGCUGAAGGGCAGCCGGGAUUCUCGCGGCUCUACAAGGAGAAGACCAUCAACUCUCUGAAGCACCGGCUGAUGGUGUACCUGUGGCGGCGGGCGGAACAGGACGGCAGCGCCACCGCCAAGCGCCGCUUCUUCCAGUACUUUGACCAGCUGCGGCAGCUGCGCAUGUGGAAGAUGCAGCUACUGGACGAGCACCACCUCUUCAUCAAGUACACCAGCGAGGACGUGGUCACCCUGCGAGUCACGGACCCCUCGCAGCCUUCUUUCUUCGUGGUAUACAACAUGGUGUCGACGGAGGUGAUGGCUGUGUUUGAGAACACGUCGGACGAGCUGCUCGAGCUCUUUGAGAACUUUUGUGACCUGUUCCGCAAUGCCACGCUGCACAGCGACGCAGUGCAGUUCCCCUGCUCUGCCUCCAGCAACAACUUUGCACGGCAGGUCCAGCGCAGGUUUAAAGAUACGAUAGUGAACGCCAAGUACGGCGGCCACACUGAGGCAGUGAGGAGACUCCUGGGUCAGCUACCCAUCAGCGCCCAGUCCUACAGCAGCAGCCCCUACUUGGACCUCUCGCUCUUCAGCUACGAUGACAAGUGGGUGUCUGUUAUGGAGCGCCCCAAGACCUGCGGCGACCAUCCCAUCCGGUUUUAUGCCCGGGACUCAGGGUUGCUGAAGUUUAAGAUCCAGGCAGGCCUCUUGGGUCGCCCUAUCAACCAUGCGGUACGUAGACUGGUGGCUUUCACAUUCCACCCCUUCGAACCCUUCGCUAUCUCUGUGCAGCGCACCAACGCAGAGUACGUGGUCAACUUCCACAUGCGCCACGUCUGUGUCUGAAGGACCCGAGGGGGACAGGCAGCUAUUGACUGGUGCACUGUGGGAUUGUGAGUGUCCCUGUUUCAAGUAGGUUUUCUCAUACUCUGCUGUUAUCAAUCUGCAUUUAAGCAUGGUCUGGGAUUAGCAGUUCUGAGCCCGCAUCUUAAUGAAGAAACAGGUGAAGAGCUCUUAGUGGCCACUAUAGCAGUACAGGGUGCCUUCAGAAACGUGGUACAUUGUCCCAAGACUGUGUAUUGUGCUGGCCUUGGGGCCCAUCGUCAGUCAUGGAAUGAGAAAACUGUCUGAUAGUGUUUUUAAACGGAUGAACUGCACGUCUUCGUACUGUGCUGCCAUGGUCCAGACACACCAUUAUCAAUAACAAUGAAACCUGGUCCAAAAUGUUUUCAGUGUCAUGAAAAGCCUGGGGUUGGAAAUCAAUAAAAUGAAAACGCAUGUUUGAGGUAGGGUUUCAUUUUUACCCACUUCUUGAUGUAACUACCAGGAUUUUAAAUGUGGUUACAAUUUUUUCUUUCUUUUAUAUUCUGCAUCACAGGAUUGAUUAAUACAAAGCAGCUGAGAGCUUGUUUUCCUUCUUUUGAAAUGUUUUUUUUACAUGCCAAACACCCAAGCUCUGUUGUGCAUUUUAACAUUGUCGUUGGCCACACACGUGACCAGAAUGUGUGUUAGGCACAGGUUAAUGUUUCAUACAGGUUCUGUUAAAACUGGUGAAUUUGAAAUCACAUCACAUAAGACCCAAACAUUGAUACAUUGAAAUGGUUUCUGCCUUUUGAGGUUCACCUCAAUCACCGGUCAUUGGUUGAAAAUCGUACAGUAGUAUGCACAUGUAUUGGAACACCUCCAGAUUUGUCAUUUGUAGCUUUUAUAUACCUACCUGCAUGAAAACCUCAGGGUGUGAGAAUUUCAAUUUGUAGUCGGUAAUCCGUGACAGUAGGCACUCGUCUGAAGAUGUUAGACCACUUUAUGCUUUUAGUUAAGCAUCUUAAACAACUUCUAAAAAGUCUCUUGCAUUUUACCAUGUGUGGCCAUGUGUUCCUUUUCUCUUCUUGUUUUUAGUUAAUGGCAUGGACAGCCUAUUAAAGUCAUGAAUUAAAUUUAGGCAAUCACUAAUUUGCUUAUUUUUUUUCAACAUUUUCAGUUCCAAUGGAUUGAUUUCAUAUGCAGAACAAACCAACAGGAGCAAUGAGGUGCUCUAAUGCAGGAGCAAUUGGGUGCUCUGAUGUAGAAGCAAUUGGGUGUUCUUAUACACAUGCUACUGCUGUAUAUGCACACUACAGUAUAUAUGACAUGAGGAAGGUGGGGUGUUAUGAAAAUUGCUAACACUGUAUCGGUGCACUACAAAUGAAGAGGCUGGUUUUUAAGCUUUUUAAGUUUAGGUGUCUCCUGCAGUAUUUCUUUUUUUUUUUUUUAAAACAACAUUCUCAAAUGUAGUCCUUUUUUUCCUAAAUGUAAAAGCGAAUGCAUUGAAACACUGUGUGCAUGUAUUGUCGUGAGUGUAAGUGAGUGGGUGUCUGUGGGUGGGUUCCUUUUAUUUAAUUGAACAUGAAAGGUCUUGCUGCAAAAAAAGCACUUGAGGAGCUGCAGCAGCACAGUGCAAUCAGAAUAAAAGUGCAGUACAGCACUGCAGGGCUGAGCCAGGUUUACCAGCAGCAUACAAAUUACAUUGUGAUUUAAAAAAUAAAAAUGUCAACACAUGAAAUAUUUUUGUAUUCAUGCUGCUGUACUGUGCCCCCCACUUUGCGUCCCCCUUUCCUUAGCAACACGCAAUUGAAAGUGCUUCAUCUUGACAGCUGUACAGUAUCAAGGAGUCCACCAUUUUCAUCCCUGCAGGCUGCCUGAUAGACUCCAAAUUGACCUUUAACAUUAUGAGAUUGGCCAGUGUUUACAACCUGACACAUCAUGAUCCAAUUCAUCUUGUAAAAUAAAAGGAGGGAUUUUGUUUAUUUAUUUUUCUAAAAACUUUAUUAAGGGCAGACAUAUUUAGGCUGGGUGACAUAUAGCAUUGUGCACAAUAUGAUUUGACAGAGCUUGGUGUGUGGAACAAAUAAUUCAAUUGUGAAAUGGUAUAAACAGCAGUUGUCAGUGUGUCUGGUUACACCCUUGCUGGUAACAAGGCUGCCUCCUCCCCUGCACUGCCCUUAUCCCAUUACCUUUUUUUGUGAGAAGUGCCAUUAUAAUGUAGGUCAAUUACAGAUUGGUUUUGGGAGGUCCUAAGCCAAAAAUUACUUUGUUGUGUCGAAAGUUCAUCAGGAACCAACUUCUUUAUUGUUUUUAUAUGUAUUCUCCAUAACAUUGUCCAUUUUUGUAAAAGACAUUUUAUAUUUAUCCAAUUCUGUUGUAAAUAAAGAUUUUAAGGUAA